CCACUGAGGGUCAUAGGUCACUGACAGUCUUGGUAAGUUUCUUUGAGAAGUUGCUUCGUCUGCAUUUCUGAAAUUGGGCUCCUACUGAAGGACUCUAACGCCUCUCUUCUUACUUAGAAGUAUAGUAGAGCUCUCUUGGGCGUUUGCACUAUGGGUGACGAGCUGAAGAACGUGGAUGACGUGUUACGGGAGCAUAUCCCGCCGGAGAAACUCAAAGAAGUUCAAAGAGUUUUGUACGGCUCAAGUUUCAGUAAGUUGACCCUCCCAGCAGAGGCAGUGAAGUUGGCUGAUGAGCGUAAGUUUGAGCUGGCUGGCUACGGCAUGCAGGCUGUACCUGAACAGCUGAGGCCUGCCCGCGUGGUCCGCGUCGGAGCCGUGCAGAACAAGAUCGUUCUACCCACAAGUGCGCCCAUAGCAGAGCAGGUGGCAGCACUGCACGCUCGUAUUGCAGAGAUUGUGGAGGUUGCGGCCAUGUGUGGGGUCAACAUCAUCUGCUUCCAAGAGACCUGGACGAUGCCGUUUGCAUUCUGCACCCGUGAGAAGCAGCCCUGGUGCGAGUUUUCUGAGUCAGCGGAGGACGGGCCUACCAUCACGUUCUGUCAGGAGCUUGCCAAGAAGUACAACAUGGUGAUCAUCUCCCCCAUCUUGGAGAGGGAUGCAGCACAUGGUGAUAUUAUUGCUAACACUGCUGUUGUGAUCUCCAACACUGGAACUGUUAUGGGGAAGAGUCGCAAGAACCACAUUCCAAGGGUUGGUGACUUCAACGAGUCUACAUACUACAUGGAGGGGAAUACUGGACACAGGGUGUUCCAAACUCAGUUUGGCAGAAUAGCGAUCAACAUCUGUUUUGGCCGUCACCACCCGCUGAACUGGAUGAUGUAUGGGAUCAAUGGUGCAGAGAUAGUGUUUAACCCUUCUGCUACUGUGGGUGCACUCAGUGAACCAAUGUGGUCAAUCGAAGCCCGUAAUGCUGCCAUCGCAAACAGCUACUUUUCUGUAGCCAUCAACAGGGUGGGCACGGAGAGUUUUGAGAGCGAGUUUACAUCAGGAGAUGGGAAGAAGGCUCACCAUGACUUUGGCCACUUCUAUGGUUCCAGCUAUCUAGCAGCCCCCGAUGGAAGCCGCACUCCUGGUCUGUCACGAGUUGAUGAUGGUCUGCUGGUGACCGAGGUGGACUUGAACCUGUGCAGGCAGGUUAAGGACAAGUGGUGCUUCAGGAUGACUGCCCGACUGGACAUGUAUGCAGAGUCUUUGGCCUACGCCAUCCAAGAUGGCUACCAACCUCCUGUCGUCAAGGAGACAUAAACAAUUGGACAUGUUGAUUUGUAAAGUAAAAAACAACUAAAGAAAAAUUUACCUCCAUUACUUUUUUUUCUAUAUUUUUUUCUAUCUUUAAGAGCAGGACUGAUGGUAUGAGUUUUUGAUAAUGCUAACACAUUGACUGUUAGUAUUGCUAUCAACCAUUGGUCAGUUCAGUCUAAAAAAUAAUACUAUGUACAAGUGAUAACUGUCUAGCAUAACUGUAUUUAUGCUAGACACUUGUCAUUUCUCUGGGAAUGAUACUUUCAAGUAGAUAACAUUCCACUAAUUCUAAUACAAAAUAAAAAUAAAACUACAUUGACUUUGGUAAUCUAUAUGUAUUGCCUUGCUUUUUCCAUAUUGAAAGACCCUCUUGCCUGAUCUAUAAUCCAAAAUAGCAGUAAUCAGGCACGUUUGUCACUGUCAGCUAUUGUCAUUCUCUCUUCACAUUGACAAGUGUUUACUUAAGUACUACUAAAUUAUACAUAAAACCAACCAGUGCCAUAAAAUCCAUGUUACUGACAGUAAACUAAAUAAAUGAUUUGUCUUCCCUU